AUGUCUGAGGUUCUUGAUGAGGUGUCGGCAGUGACAUUUGUCAGCGGGCUGCUGGGAGGAUGCAAGCUGACAGCCGAGGCGGAGGCAGGAGUCUCUGUGAUGAAGUCUGAGGUUCUUGAUGAGGUGUCGGCAGUGACAUUUGUCAGCGGGCUGCUGGGAGGAUGCAAGCUGACAGCCGAGGCGGAGGUGGACCGCACCACCAACACCUCCUGCCAUUUGGCCAGCAGCUUUGCCAGCGCCAGAGUCAGACCACGGCUCAGAGACCUCAUGGAUGAAUCCGGAAGGCCCGCACGCUUCAGACGAGGCUUCAUCCACAACGGCAUAAAGGUUCUACCGAGGCAGACGUGUGGCCUUUUCACACACACCAUCUUCUACAAGGAAUACCCCGGAGGAUCAUGGGAGCUGGACAAGAGCAUCCGCGGAGGGGAGCUGUUCAUGACACUGCUGCUUAAUCCGGUCAGUAUCUUCAUGACCCACCUGUCUAACUACGGCAAUGACCGACUGGGCCUCUAUACCUUUGAGUCGCUGGUGAAGUUCGUCCAGUGCUGGACCAACCUCCGGCUGCAGACACUGCCCCCAGUGCAGCUGGCUGACAAGUACUUCCAGAUCUUCCCAGAGGAGAGAGACCCCUUGUGGCAGAAUCCCUGUCAUGACAAGAGGCAUAAGGACAUCUGGUCAAAAGAGAAGACAUGCGAUCGGCUGCCCAAGUUUCUCAUCAUUGGCCCACAGAAGACAGGUACAACAGCUUUGCACUCGUUUCUCUCCCUCCAUCCUGCCAUCUCCAGUAGUUUCUCCAGCCCGGUGUCAUUUGAGGAGGUGCAGUUCUUUAGUGGGUCCAACUACCAGCGGGGCAUUGACUGGUACAUGGACUUCUUCCCCGUCCCGUCUAACGUGAGCACAGACUUCCUGUUUGAGAAGAGUGCCAACUACUUCGACACGGAGGCGGCUCCGCCCAGAGCUUCGGCCCUGCUGCCCAGAGCCAAGAUCAUCGCUGUCCUCAUCAACCCUGCUGACCGUGCGUACUCCUGGUACCAGCACCAGAGGGCUCAUCUGGACCCCGUGGCUUUGAACUUUUCCUUCCAUGAGGUGGUGUCCGCCGGCCGCUCCUCCCCUCCUGCCUUGCAGACCCUGCAGAGACGCAGCCUGGGGCCCGGGGCCUAUGCCUCACACCUGGACAGAUGGCUGCACCACUACCAACCCAGCCAGCUGUUGGUAGUGGAUGGGGUUCUGCUUCGUUCCAACCCAGUUCAGGUGAUGGACGGGGUGCAGAAGUUCCUCGGAGUCACACCCCAUUACAACUACACACAGGCCUUGAUGUUUGAUGAGAGUAAGGGCUUUUGGUGCCAGAGGCUGGACGGAGCACGCUCACGAUGCCUGGGGAAGAGCAAAGGCAGGAAGUACCCGGACAUGCCUGCUGAGACGCGGGCCCUACUGUCAGGACAUUAUCGCGAGCAGAACCUGGAGUUGCUCCGCCUGCUGAGCCGCCUGGGUCAGACUCCGCCCCCCUGGCUGAGGGAGGAGCUACAGGGGGCCAGCUGGAACUGAGGGUCUAAGCCUACCCCACUCCACCAAUCAGAUAGGCCCAAAUGUUUACCCUCCCUCCCCCGCUUCUCCUACCAAUCAGAAUCAGGCGGGGGGGUACUCAUUCCCCAAACUUUCCACCACCACCCCCCAAGGCUGCGUCUGGACAGGCCUGGAAGCUGGGCCACCCACCAUGGAAUCCUGAGGAGGACCCCCAGAAACCCGUGGGCCCCUAGGCCCUCAUCCCCUGUAGAUGGAGUUAACAGUCUAUAGUUAGAGACUAUAGGCUGUGACCCCGCAUGUCACGGGUCACUAAUCGUCAACGUGUGGAUGCUCUAACCCAGAGCCACCUACCAGAGGGUCAUUGGUGUCUGUGUUCUGAGUCCCAGUGGGGAGCCCGUCUGGGCCUGAAGUCGUGUAGGCUCUAGUAGUCUUACUGAUUUGAGGGAACCCUACCUGCACCAGAGGCCUCCUUUCAUAUAGGGCUCCAUGCACUGCUGGCUCUCCAGGAGCCAAUGACGUGAAUGCACUCGGAAAAAAACACAGAUCACAUCAACCAAUCAGGGGUCUCGGAAAUGCCAAACGGGAAUGGGACACAAGGAGCAUGAAGAGGAAGAGGAAGGAGCACAGUCUGAUUGUCAUUGGUGGCCUUCUACCCAGAGACACACAGUACAGACAGGCUGGGAAUGCCUUUCUCUGGAGUUGAGGCCUUUUGACUUGAGGCUUUGUAGCCACACCUGUCCUGGAUGUCUGGGACACAGACCUGGGAUAACUUCUGAGGAGUAAAUCUCAUUGCUCCACAACCUGUCCUGCAGAAGCAACAGGUGUCUCGGGGUACGUAUGGGCAAAGGAACAGGACUUGCAUAGUCAAUCGACCUUCUUUAACUGGACAUGAACCUAGAUAUUAUGGAAUUGCUAGAGGGGCUACUGUACUAUCUGCUGGGCUCUAGGGGUAAAGCUGCAGCACGCAAGACAUAGCAAACCAUCUCUGUGGUACUUGUUGAGCCAUUGUGCCUACAGUAGCACACUGCCUAAUGCCGGGAGCUUCUAGAACUUUGUCCACCAUCUCUUGUGUGAGGUGAAAAGGGAAUAGGAGGAAAAAAGGUUCUAGAACAUUGCCAUUAUGAUGUCACAAUGUCUGUUGCCUCAGAUUGGAACAUUGCUGUUUGUUUACACGCUUGCUGGAACAGGAAGGAAGCAGGCAGUCCAGAAGGCCACACCCCUUCCCAGAGGGACUGGAUGGGCUUUUCAUGUGCGUGCAGGGCAUGUGCGCAACGAAGAUCUUUAAAAAAAAAAGGUGGUUGGGGAACACGAGGACAUGAGAACGCCAUUAGUUAGUGACUCAUGUCUGAGUACUGUUAUCUCAGAUGGCUAAUUAUCCUGAGACUGAACUGCACCAAGCAACCAAAUGAGUUUGUGUGUGUGUGAAAGAGAGUGAGUGUGUGUUUGGAUGUGUGUAAGUAAGUGUUAUCUAGUGCAUAUUUCUGUGCACUGUUUAUGUGUGUGUGUGUGUGUGAGACAGAUCAAAAGCGAGCAACUGGGUAUCUGCCCAUCAACACACAGUAAAUGGAUUUCCCACGCUGUACUCUGUUGUCCUGUUUGUUCAAGUCUGUAAUAAAAAAAGGCACAGAAUGGA